AAAAUCUACCGCUAUAUAGCUUUAUCGCCAACAGCUUUCUGAGAGCCUUCUGGAGGCCGAUCCGCACAAACUCACGUUGCCUUUCAACAUGACCUCGUCAAACUCUCGAAAUGCCUGGUGCGCUAUUUGCGGAGUUACAAUCGAGUCAACUAUUAUUAGACUCCGUCUAAUCUACCCGAAAGGUUUCUCUACAUAUGAUCCAGAUGUUGUUUGCGACGCAGACGUCGAGUGGCUUGAUCAAGUACAUCUCCUCGGCUAUAACACCUCAGUAACAACGAGGUCAAAGUUCUACGUCUCUGGACUAGCUAUCAUUGGUCGAGGGGUGGACAUGGCUAGUGAAACACAGACAGAUCCUUCUUUUGCAGGUGUUGACGUGCGUACUCUACGUGUCUAUAGAAACAAGAAGGGUCCUGAGAGAGUGAUACCAUUCCACUGGCAAUGCUAUAAGACUUUAGCGCUCUAUCUGACUGGGACAUCUGACACCACGAGAAUUAGAAAAGGGGCGCUUUAUAGAGCCUUGGAUCGAUUCUCGGUUGUGAGACGUGUCCAGCAACAAGCGUCAGUGUCUGAGUACAGAUGCCUUUCCUUGGAUUAUGGCGACGUCAGCAAGGCUCAGAAGGACUACUGGGAAUGCAUUCCUGGACAAGAGUACACAGUCUUCAGUCCCCAAUGCCAAGCACAACUGAAGCGUGAUAUCGUCGCUUUCAUCUCAAGUCCACGAUUCGAGAAGCCUCGCCAGUACCGCCACGAAGCUAAUAGAGAGUCAAACCCUCUCACAACCCUUCCAGAGACAGUGAUAUUUGGUGUCUCAGAGUUCCUUGAUAACCGGAGCCUCAUAAACCUAUUCUGCGCCUCACUGGAAACAUUUUCAAGCUUGAGAGAUAACGGUUCUUUUUGGAAAAGGCGCAUAAUCACUCACUUGCCCUUUUUCUUCGAGUUACAUGAUUACUUGAAAGAGCAAUCUCAAGGUUUGGAGAACAGAGACUUCAGAAAGAUCUUCCUAUGGGCUGAUGCAGCCUCCAAGCCGCAAUCCGGAGUGACGAGACUCAUGUUUCCAGUCGCUAAUCGUCGACGGAUCUGGAAGGUCUGCGAGCAAAUCGGAGAGAUAUACAACCAAGAACCUCACCAGAAAAAUGUCCCAAAGAGCUACUUAGAGUGCCAGGCCCGCAGAAGUGAAGGGCAAGUAAUAGGAGAUACAAGAGAACCAGGCUUGUACUUUCGAUCCGUAAAUUUCCUACGAGAUUGGUCUGAGUUGUUGCGCCCAUGGACUCUUGACCUUUUCUGGAACUCGGAGGGGGAUCUGUCAGGUAUAUCUGUUACCUUUGGAGAAGACCAGAGAAUCUUUGGACAUGAACCGCUGGAAAGAGGCGCCGCCCAAACGACAGGAUCAUUUCCAGGUGGCGUCUGGAUCAGGGGCUUUGUGUUUCAUAUCUACGUUUCAUCCGUUCUUAGACCCUGGCAGGCUUGUUCUUGGAACUAUUCCUCUUGCAAGGGCAUUACAGUUCAUCUCACUGAUGGUUCGGAGCAUACGUACGGCCAGGAUGGUCAACAUCUUGUCAAAAUGCCGUUUGCUGCAGCGGAGAACAUGACGAUCGUGGGGAUAAAAGGCACUCUAACAGCACACAAGACACAUGGUAUUUAUCCCUUUAUCGAGAAAAUUUGGGUUUUACAAGCCCCUAUCACCGGCGGGCAAAGCUCUCGAGAUUCCCUCAAACAUCGAGCCCAUGAGGUGUCUUGUUGGAACACAGUGAACUGCAUGUUAAAAAGCCUAAUCUCACCGGACAAAGACCUCGAAUUAAACCUGUGCAAAGGUCGCGUUCGUAAUUUCGAGCGUUGGCACUGCCUCGUUCCGCUUAAUACUCUCAUUCUCGCCAACGAUACAACCCAACUAUACCAGAUACGCAGCAUUUCUGCAUACCUGAUCCGAGACCGGAUCUGCUUCAAUAGUUGGAGUAACCAUUGUUGUGACGUUGGCAACUUACGCGUUACAACUGACGUGGAGACUCGUUAUCUGAGAGAUAUGGAUGACGACGGCUCGAUUUGGCCUGAGCAUCGUUGGGAUACGUUCGACAUAGAUGGUCCAGGGGGCGAGAUAAUCGAAGAAGUUAUAGUCCAUCAUGCAUUCUCCCAAGACCCUUCGCCCAAAGCAAUUGAAAUCUGUACAAAUCGGGGCCGUUCAGUGAUUUGGGGCGUCGACAUGGAACAAGGUGAAAACGGGAAAGAAACGAAUAAGGCUUGUCCUCCUAUCAGUAGCCAUAGGCUUCCCACUCAUCUGCGUCCAGAUGGAGGGUUCGCUAUUGUUGGGUUCGCGAUGGGAUGCGGGAAGGUUUUUGGUCGUUGGCACUCAAAUGAAUAUCACGUCGAACGAAGCAAAGCGCCCAUCUGUCGCUCGUACUCAAGAAGAUUGAACGGAGAGGGCGAGGAUUAUAUGGAUGAAGAAGAUUCUCGAGGGCCUUGGACCAAGGACCAGUAUGAUAGGCGCAAUGAGUCGACUAUACAUACAGGCAUGAGCAAGUUUGGCAUUAUCACGAAAAGGAUCGCAGGCAGCCCAGAACAAGGUAUCUAGAAAGCUUCAGACGAUAUCUAUAUUAGAAUCCAGGAAUGAUUUCUCC